AGUGAAGUUUCCCCCAUUUCCAGUGGCCACCGUUGUCUGAGGCUGGUUCGGAGCAGGGCUGGGGUUCCCCUGACAUUUCUGGGACCGUAGCCAGCCAAGAAGGGAAGGAGAAGAAAAGACGAGAGUUUUACAACUUGCUUUUGUCUGAGUGUGGAGAAAGGGGAACGGGAAGCGUCCUUUUUUUUUUUUUUCGAACAUCACAUUCCUGUGUUUUUCUUCAGCCUGGAAAACAUAUUAAUGCUGGUGCUUUCCUCGCUGGAAACAAAGGAGCUAAACUGGACUGAGGAAGCGAAGGAGGCUUGGGGAAGUUUAAAAGAGAGGGACUCGGAGCAGCUGGGAGUUCCCUUCCUUAAAUGAAAUCUCUGCCUGUGCGGGUAACCGGCACAGAAAGCAGCCAGACCUGCAGGUAAAUGGAGGAGCAGAGAUCCCAAAGGAGACUUCCACUCACCUCGUCCCACUUGUCGAGAAGGUGAAGAAGAAAAGAAAAGUGAAAAGAUACGCGAGUAGACGGAUGAGCUCGGGGACCUGCUGGGCUGCGUAAGGAUAAAUCACCGAGCAGCAGCAAAGCUGUAUGGCAUUGCUCUCCUUUUAAAGGAAAAAGACGUGAAACCUCAUCUCGGGAAGGGGAAGUUCCCUGGGAGUCGGAUUGCACAAUGAACUGGAGGCCAGCUCUCAGCUUGGCCCUGCUGUGGGCAGCGUGGCUAGUGUGUGGCUCUGAGGAGACGGGGAGGCUAGCAGAGAGAGGGAGCCAUGGAGCGAGGAAAGCGCCUCUGCCUUACAGGGCUCCGAGCAGCCUCCUGAGAAGGUCUGCAGCAUCCCCGAGGAACCUGAGCCCGAAUCCCCAACACCCCGUCACCAAGAGGGAUUCUUCAGCAGCUCCGAAGGCACCUGCCGGUCUCCUGAAGGAGGAAGCCCGUUCCCACCCCAGGGGCAUGGGCACCAGGACAAGACGGAUACAGAGACUCACAGCCGCAGCCAAAUACUCCAAAUCCGAGAUGAUUAAGGACGAAGGGGUGUCUCCUGCCGCACAGUCACGGGUGGCACGCUUCCCCUCAGGGUCAAGUUCCCCCAAUGUCCUGGCCAGCUUUGCUGGGAAAAAUCGGGUGUGGGUGAUUUCUGCCCCCCACGCCUCAGAAGGCUACUACCGGCUCAUGAUGAGCCUGCUGAAAAAUGAUGUCUACUGCGAACUGGCUGAGAGGCACAUCCAGCAGAUUGUGCUGUUCCACGAAGAAGGGGAAGAAGGGGGGAAAGUCAGGAGGAUAACCAACGAAGGAAAAAUCCUGGAACAGCCACUGGAUCCUGCCCUCAUCCCCAAGCUCAUGAGCUUCCUGAAACUGGAAAAGGGGAAGUUUGGCAUGGUGCUGUUGAAGAAAACGCUGCAGGUGGAGGAAAGGUACCCUUAUCCAGUCAGGCUAGAGGCCAUGUAUGAAGUCAUUGACCAGAACCCCAUCAGAAAAAUUGAGAAGCUGAGGCAGAAGGGCUUCAUACAGACUUGCAAAGCGGCUGGGGUGGAGGGCCAGGUGGUUGAGGAAGGCAAUAACGGGGGCAGCACCCAACCUACCCCUGGCGGUGGACAUGUCCAGGUGCCAGCAAGGAAGGAGGAGCCCAGGAGGAGCAACAACCAGCCGACCAGGACCAAAACCCUGAGGAAACCGAUGACGACCACUGUGGCUACUCCUCUGCCCACAGUAAGGACCACCACCCUCCCUACCACCACCACCACCACCAGGGCCACCACCCGCGCAGUGACAACGGCGAGCAGGCCUACGACGACCACCACCCCUCUCCCCACCACGCAGAGGACAUGGACCACGAAGUCGCAUACGACCACGGAGUACCACAGGCCGCCGGCGGCCCCCGAGAGCACCACGCCGCGCGUCGCGGCCUCUGAGGACUUCUACUCGCCCGUGUGGAAGGGAAACCGCAGGGACCGGCAGAAACAGCCGGUGGCCACGCGGAAACCAAGCAAAGGUGGCCGGCAGGAGAGCUUCACAGAAGUCCCUACGGCCCCCGCGGUGCACUACACGAAGGCAAGCAUGAGUCGGUUUAAAGAUAACCGAACGGACAGGAAGGACUACAACCACAGGGACCUGAACAUCACCCCAGGGCAACACAAGCCAACCAAGACUAAACCGCCAAAGAAGAAGGCCCAGGAAAAGAUACUGAGCAAUGAAUAUGAAGAUAAAUAUGACCCCAGCAAGCCUGCUAGUCCCCAUUUAGAAGAGGAGAUUGCAGUGGGCAACGUUCCUUCAAAGAAAGGAAAAGAGUCAAAGAAGCACGAGCGAAUGGAUAAACCCGAGAAGAAGAAGAAGAAGGACAAGCUGCAGAAGAGUGAGAAGCAGUCCAGGAAGGACAAAGCUGAGAAAAAGAGCAAGCAGGACAAAGACCGCAGCAAGAAAAGCAAGAAGGGGAGCAGGACAGAGAAUGAGGAUUUCCCCAAGCCCAACAAGAAGCCUUUCUUACAGCCUCCCAGGAAAUCAGUGACCGACCUCCUGGAGUAUUUUGAAGGCAAAAGGCGGCUCAUUCUGAUCACAACUCCCAAGGCGGACAACAACAUGUAUGUUCAGCAGCGAGAUGAAUACCUGGAGAGCUUCUGCAAGAUGGCAACGAGGAAAAUCUCAGUCAUUACAAUCUUUGGCACCAUGAACAACAGCAGCAUGAAAAUUGACCACUUCCAGCUAGAUAAUGAAAAGCCUAUGAAAGUGAUAGAAGAUGAAGAUCUUGUGGAUCAGCAGCUUAUCAGUGAGCUGAGGAAAGAGUAUGGGAUGACCUACAAUGACUUCUUCAUGGUGCUGACGGACACUGACAUGAAAGUCAAGCAAUACUAUGAAGUACCCAUAGCAAUGAAGUCCGUGUUUGAUUUGAUCGACACCUUCCAGUCAAGAAUUAAAGACAUGGAAAGACAGAAAAAAGAGGGCAUUGUCUGCAAAGAAGAUAAAAAGCAAUCCCUUGAGAGCUUCUUAUCCAGGUUCCGCUGGAGGAGGCGGCUUGUGGUGAUUUCUGCUCCCAGUGAUGAGGACUGGGCUUACUCCCAGCAGCUCGCUGCUCUCAGCGGACAGGCCUGUAAUUUUGGUCUACGGCAUAUAACUAUCCUCAAAUUGCUAGGAGUUGGAGAAGAUAUUGGCGGUGUCUUAGAGUUGUAUCCAAUUAAUGGAAGCUCUACUGUAGACCGAGAAGACAUUCCAGCUAAUUUGGUGAAAGACAUCCGAAAUUACUUCCAAAUUAGCCCAGAAUAUUUCUCCAUGCUUCUAGUCGGGAAGGAUGGGAACGUCAAAUCCUGGUAUCCUUCUCCAAUGUGGUCCAUGGCAAUCGUGUACGACCUGAUCGACUCCAUGCAGCUUCGGCGACAGGAGAUGACAAUUCAGCAAUCGCUCGGCAUGCAGUGCCCAGACGACGAGUAUGGUGGGUAUGGUUACCAUAGCUAUCACCAGGGAUACCAGGAAGGUUAUCAAGAUGACUACCGGCACCAUGGAAGUUACCACCAUGGAUACCCGUACUGAAAAGAGCAACUUAGCCUCUGACCGCCCCGUGCCUGUCUUCUAAUAGCUAUCCAAGCAAUAGGUGGCCAGUUGCUGAAAGUUCUUCCAGGCCACCUAGAUAUCCAUGCCUCCUCCUUCCACUGUUCAGUCAAGGGACUCUGGUCAUUUGCCUUCUCAAAAAUGCAGAAGCCUUUACAGUGAAGCAACUCAAACCAGUAGUAUUGAAGCUUUAAACAAUAAAGACUCCUUUAUAUUUUUAAUCCUUUAUAAACAAAGGGCAUCAGCAGUUGCUGUUUGUUUGUAUUAAAACCAAACAAAAUGUCCCCGCAGCCUCAGUCCAUGGACAAUACUACAGGGCAGGAGACAAACUGUCCAACAAAUACUGCAAUGCUCUUUGUAAUAUUUUUUCUAAGGAGAAAAAAAAAUAUUUAUUGGAAAGUGAGAAUUUUGCAUUAUGCUGAUGAAGACAAGCAAAGAAUCACACUGCAGGACUUUCCCCAAAAAAGGAAAUGUUAAGGAAGUAGCAUGUGGCAGGUUCUUUAAUAAUAAAACUUCUUUUGAAAUAGCUUGUCUGAAAAGACAGCAACCCUCCUACGAUGCAUCAGCAUUGUAGUUAGCUGAUUUUGCCAAUGAAAGUAAGAAUUUAUGGCUAUGGCAGGACUCAUUCCAAUACAAUACAAUGUAAAGUUCUCUUAAUCUCAAAGCUUGCUGCAUGGCCAUUAAUUCUUCUAAUUGGGGUUCCUGUUCUUUUAGGUCCUGCCUACCUGGCAGUUAAUGAGAGCUAAGUGAAAACACCAACCAUACAGUAUUGUCUAAAAUACAGAAAACUGAAAAGUGUUAUUUUCCAUCAGAAAAAAAAAAAGAAAACAUUCUCAUUCACAUAUUUCAAACGAGUUGUAACUAGCUCUCUAUAGUAAUGUUCUUCAGUAAACUAUUGCUCUAAACUUCAGAUUUCUUUCUACCUCUUCUCGUACCCUCCCCCAUAAAAAAAAAAAUCUGGACUAAAUGUUUAUAGAAUUGUUUGGGUAUAAUUUGAUUUGCUACUAAACCAUCUGUAUUUCUGCCA